UUUUACUUUGUAAUUAUAGUAAAAAAAUAUUUCAACAAUUUUGAAAUAGUCCAAUUAACACACUUUUAAAUGUAGGUGCAAGUGGAGGAACCAUUGCUGUUGUUGUGGCAACUUCACUGUUUAUUUUGACACAUCAAAAAAGAAAGCACAUCAAACUCAAACAACAAUACUUCAAGCAAAAUGGUGGCUUAAUGUUGUUACAACAACUCUCUACAAGAGAAGAAUCCUCACAAAUUACUCAGAUUUUCACAUCAGAGGAACUAAAGAAGGCUACCAACAAUUAUGACGAGAACUUAAUACUUGGAAGAGGAGGUUACGGUACAGUUUUCAAAGGUUUUCUUGACAAUAAUAGAAUUGUGGCAAUCAAGAAGUCUAAAAUAGUUGAUCAGAGCCAAACAGAGCAGUUCAUCAAUGAGGUGAUUGUUCUAUCUCAAAUCAAUCAUAGAAACAUAGUGAAACUGUUAGGUUGCUGCUUAGAAGAAGAGGUUCCUUUACUAGUUUAUGAGUUUGUUAACAAUGGUACCCUCUUUGAUUUUAUCCACAAUCAAAUUCAAAACAAUGUGAAUAAUUUGUUAACUUGGAACACACGUCUAAGGAUAGCAGCAGAGGCAGCUAGUGCUCUAUCUUAUCUACACUCAGCAGCAUCUAUACCCAUUAUCCAUAGAGAUGUGAAGAGUGCAAAUAUUCUCUUAGAUGACAAUUACACUGCAAAAGUUUCCGAUUUCGGAGCUUCCAGAUUGGUUCCACUAGAUCAACAAGCGUUGGCCACCAUGGUGCAAGGAACUAUUGGAUACUUGGAUCCAGAAUACAUGCAAACGAGUCAACUAACUGAGAAAAGUGAUGUGUAUAGUUUUGGAGUCGUACUUGUAGAACUUCUAACAAGCGAAAAACCUCUUUCUUUUGAUAGGACGGAAGAAAAGAGAAGUCUUGCUCUUUACUUUCUGUCCUAUCUAAAAGAGGAUCGCUUGUUUGAAGUCGUUCGAGUCGACCUUUUGAGUGAAGAAAACAAGCAAGAGAUUGAAGAGGUUGCUUUUCUUGCGGCAAAAUGUUUGAGACUUAAUGGAGAUGAGAGACCAAGUAUGAAGGAAGUGGCAAUGGAAUUGGAGGGAUUGCAGUUAAUGCAGAAACACCGUUGGAUCAAUGGGAACAAAAAUUUGGAAGAGACUUGUUACUUGCUUCCCAGUUCAUCAUCCAAAACAUGUGAAUAUGGUGAUAGUAGUUGCCAUAAAAAUGCUGGGUAUGAUAGCAUCAGAGAUCAAGUACUAAUUUCUUUUGAUGAUGGAAGAUGAUUAUGGCAUCAUUUUAUGCACAAGUUUUGUAUAGAACAUUUUGUAUGUAAUCUUUAUGAACAAAUAUAACAUAAAUAAGCACAGAAUAUUUAGAAGUUGGUAUCAAAUUUAGAAAGUGUAGUUGUUGACCCCUUAACCUUGUUAAAGAAGUUUAGAUCCAACUUGGGCAAUACUCAAGUUCUUUGACUUGGAGAAGGGGUAACCCCUUAACCAAACUACUAAAAUAUUUUAAGUAUAUAAACAAUAUAAAUAAUCAUCAUCAGGGCAAGCUUAUCUCAAUUUGGUGAUGGGCAUAAUAAGGUUCAGUUUCACAUUGAUGAUGUGAACUGCUCUUGGAAUUUAUGUAGCACAAAACUAUAAUGUCCCCAAUAUCAAAGAUUUAGCUCACAACUACAUUAUGAAUGCCAAGCACAUUGAACAAACAUACCGCAACCCUCACAAAAGUGGAGAUUCACAAGAAAACUCCCAGUGAAGAAAAUAUUUAUUUUCUGAAUGUAUUACUUUAAUAAUAUUGUCUUGUCUUGCCUAUAGUUUUUAUUUUAUUUUUUUGUUUGGGGUGAUUCAAGCUAUGUAGAAAUGGUGUAUAUAUAUAAUUCUCAUAUAUUAUAAAUCAAUUCGCAUAUUACCAAUUCAAGUUGCU